AUGUCGAAGAAGGCCAAUCCAAUCAGUGACAUCGUGUCCUCGCACCGUCCAGAUCUGGACAAAGACUACGUCCCUGUUUACAAGAACUUCCACGCCAACCCAGAGCUCUCGCAUCAAGAAAAGGAAACAGCAGCAAAGAUAGCCGAACACCUCUCCCAAACAUGUCCUGAAGUAAAACUACACACCAAUAUCGGCGGACACGGCUUAGCAGGCGUUCUCGCCAAUGGAUCUGGCCCCACCGUACUUCUCCGUGCUGACAUUGACGGCUUACCCGUACUGGAGAAGACAGGACUCGAAUGGGCAAGCACAAAACGAAUGGUAGAUCUCGAGGGAGUGGAGAAACCUACCAUGCAUGCCUGUGGUCAUGAUAUACAUAUCACCUCUUUACUGGCUGCCGCAUCUCUGCUUUACAAUACCAGAGACACUUGGUCUGGAACGUUGAUUUUCUGUUUCCAGCCUGCAGAGGAAAAAGGGCAGGGUGCACAGGCUAUGGUGGAUGAUGGAUUGUACGACAAAGUCCCUAUUCCUGAUGUUGUUCUAGGUGGACAUGUUAUGCCUCAGCGAGCAGGUACGCUGGGUACUAAGCGUGGGCUUAUGGCAUCUUCAGCAGAUUCACUCAAAGUAACGCUGCAUGGGAAGGGCGGCCAUGCCAGUCAACCGCAUAGACUGGUCGACCCUGUAGUCAUGGCAGCGAGCACGGUGAUGAGAUUGCAAACGAUUGUCAGCAGAGAGGUCGAUCCUGCUGACAGCGCGGUCGUCACCUGUGCCUGCAUUAUCGCAGGCGACGCUGAAAACGUUGUUGCUGACGAUGCCAUCCUGAAAUUGGACUUGAGAGCCGUGAAUGCCGAAACAAGAAGUAAAGUCCUCAGCAGUGUCAAGAGAAUUGUCAACGCAGAGUCCAUGGCUAGUGGCGCGGUCAAAGAUCCUACUUUCGAGACGACUCGAAAUUUCCCACUCACAAUCAACGACGACGAAGUCACACAGCGUUUGGAAGAGAGCUUCGCUGAGCACUUUGGAUCUGAUGAAAAUUCAUACACCAGUUCUGCGUUAAAACUUGGUGGUAGCGAAGACUUUGGUAUUCUAGCAACCGCGAUCAAAAAGCCUUCGUCCUUCUGGACUUACGGAGGCACGGACCCUAAGAUAUGGGAUAAAGUGGCAGCUGAUGGGCGUCCUGGAGACGUGCCUAUCAACCACAGUGCCUUGUUUGCACCAGUAAUCAUGCCGACGCUGCAAGUGGCUGUCGAUGCAUAUGCUGUUGCAGCACUGACUUGGCUAUUGAAGCAAUGA